ACCGUCAUCUUCUUUGCCGAGUUCAUCCGUAGCUUUGCUAGAUUCAUCCAAGCUUUCACCAUUCCCUUCCAAGUUCUCGCUCUCCCUCUUUUUCGGCUGCUCAAAAUAAAGCUCUUCAUUUAAGUCCAAAGGAAAGGAUCGAAUGGGCGUGCAUGCAUUGCACCACCACUGUUCCUCUUAAUUACUUCCCCACCACCACCACUCCCCUCUCCUCUCUCACUUUUCCUUACAAAAAGAAGAAAGAAGAAAAAGAGAAAGAAACACAAGGCCACCCGCCACGCCACCGUCACUACUAGUUCAACUUCAUUCUUCUCCCAGCGUCACUAUCGUCAUCAUCAUCGUCGUCUCCAUGUCGCGGUAACCAAAUCCAUGAUGGGAAGCUUUUAGACCCAACUGAUUCUGAGUAAAGUUGAAACUAGCAGCAGGACUACCGAAAAAACUGCCCAAUCGCAGUAUAAAGUUUGAAUAGAAAGAGAAAGAAGAAGCUUAGGUAGAAGAAGAAAAUGGCACCAGCACCCGCAGCGGCAAGCAACUGGCUCUCAUUCUCUCUCUCUCCCAUGGAGAUGCUGAGGUCAUCCUCUUCCUCCUCCACCGCCGAUUCUCAGUACCUCACCUACGAAGCCGCCGCCGCCGUCGCUUCCUCCAAUCCUUCCCCUCACUACUUCCUCGACAACUACUACUCUCACGGUUGGGGGAAUACGAAGGAAGCACAAACAGCUACAACCAUGGCGGAAACUGCUCUUCUCACGAGCUUCAUGGAGCAGCAAUCAGGCGGCGCCCAACAUCACCACCACCACCAACCUCCGCCGCCGAAGCUGGAGGACUUCCUGGGCGGCGACUCGUCCGGGUCCAUGGUUCGCUACUCGGAACACAGCCAGACGGAAACUCAGGACUCGUCCUCCUUGACUCACAUCUACGACAACGGCGGCGGAGGCGGCGCCGCCUCGUACUUCAACGAGCACCAAGAUCUGAAAGCGAUUGCCGCCGGCUACCAGGGCGCCUUCUCCUCCAACUCGGGCGGAUCCGAGGUGGACGACCAGAUUGGAGGCGGUGGCGGUGGGGCCGAGUUCAUGGCGGCGGGCGGUGGUCACUCGAUUGAGUCGGCGGCGGGCAACGAGUUGGGGUUCUCGACUCGCAGCAGCAACGGGUUAUCCCUUGGGGUUACGAAUAAUAGCAGCAAUAAUCAUAAUCAUAAUAUUCCGAUCAACUCUUCUCCGCCUCCCGCCGAUAAAUCCGUGGCGGUGCUCGCCGUGGUCGAAUCCGAUUGCUCGAAGAAGCUCGCCGAUACUUUCGGCCAGCGGACUUCCAUUUACCGAGGCGUCACGAGGCAUAGAUGGACAGGUAGAUAUGAAGCGCAUCUAUGGGAUAACAGCUGUAGGAGAGAAGGUCAAGCCAGAAAAGGACGUCAAGAACCCCAUUAUUGGGUUUCAGGUGGAUAUGAUAAAGAAGAUAAAGCAGCUAGAGCUUAUGAUUUGGCUGCCCUCAAGUACUGGGGCCCCACCGCCACGACCAACUUCCCUGUGUCUAAUUAUAACAAGGAACUGGAAGAGAUGAAGUAUGUAUCAAAACAGGAGUUCAUUGCCUCGUUGAGAAGGAAAAGUAGUGGAUUCUCCAGGGGUGCUUCCAUAUACAGGGGUGUUACAAGGCAUCACCAGCAAGGUCGUUGGCAAGCAAGGAUUGGACGUGUUGCUGGGAACAAAGACUUAUACCUCGGCACAUUUGCCACUGAAGAGGAAGCAGCAGAGGCAUACGACAUAGCAGCCAUAAAAUUCAGGGGCUUGAAUGCAGUGACAAACUUCGAGAUGAAUCGCUACGACGUGGAAGCGAUCAUGAAGAGUGCCCUUCCGAUUGGUGGAGCAGCAAAGCGACUAAAAAUCUCUCUGGAUGCCGAGCAGAAACCAACGCUGAUGAGCCAUGAUCAGCAACUACAACAGCAGCAGCAACAACAACAACAGUGCAACAGCAAUAACAUCAGUUUCGGUUCGGUUCAGCAACCGCUUUCAACAAUCCCUUGUGGUAUCCCCUUCGACGCCACAACUGCCUACUACCACCAUCAUCACAACCUCUUCCAGCACAUGUCCGGUGUUGGCAGCAACCCCGGUGGAGGAGACUCCUCUGGUUCGGCCUCGAACAUGGAGAAUUCGAUGAGCUCCAUGUUGCCACAGACAACAGACUUCUUCCUGUGGCCUCAUCAGCCUUACUAAUUUGUUAGAGAAAAAGAGAGGUUUUGCUGACUUGGGAACCUGCUAACAGUAGUGAGCUUUAAGAAAAGCAUUGUUCUUCCCCUCUGAAUAGAAGUUCAUCUCAUCAAUCUGACCCAGAGACCGUGGGACUCUUUCUGACCCGCAAAAGUAUGUAGGUUCCGGUUGAAUUAUGCAGGAUUAGGAGCAGGAAAAAUGGUGGUGUUAAAGUAGGUUUAAGUUCCUUUCUGUUUUUCUUCCUUUUCAGUUUUCAGUAGUCUAGAAAGCGAUGUUCAGUAAGCAAGCUUGGUGGUGGUGGUGGUGGGAAUUUUGUAAGUAGCAUCAUGUAGUUGAAUGAUGGGUUUCUCGGGCAAUGGCAUCCUUUCCAGAACUUUAAGCGGAUUUUGUUUAUUUCUUCAGAGUAUCUUGAAUAUUCCUUCAGGUUU